AAUAUUCAUUGCCACGUCGGCGCAAGAAGCUGUCCAAUAAAAUGAAAUACAAUUUGCUGCUGCCAUCGAUGUUGCUGCUGAUGCUCGAUCUGGCUAUCGGGGAUGAUUGUGACAUGCAGCAAUAUUGCCCGUCAGACACCAUCCAUGUGGCCUGCCUAAACAAAAAGACAAUUGGCAAAGAAUGCGGAGCUCUGACACAUGAAAUCAUACCAGUGAACGGUGCUCUGAGACAGAACCUGCUCCAGCAUGUGAAUAUGAUGCGCAAUAUGAUGGCCAGCGGGCUGUUUAACCUGAAGGCGGCAGCCCGUAUGCCGGUCCUGUCUUGGGAUAGUUAUCUGGAAAAUACCACGCAUAUGUUGACGUAUCACUGCAGCCAUUCCAAGUUAUGUUCGAAUUCGGAUACGUACAAUUUUGUCUCGACGGUCCUGUUUUCGGGCACCAUAAAACGGUCGGCUAAGCUAUCCAAAGAAAUGACUCGAGUUUUUCUGGCCCUGUGGUUUAAUGACCUGCUGGGCUGCACCAUGAAUGCCAAUCACGUAAUUGUACCAAGGAUCGAGGGUUCCUGCGUGGGCCACUAUAUACCUCUGAUACAGGAUUAUGGCGAUCGCAUUGGCUGUGCGAUACGCUUGUCAUAUGAUGCAAAAAAUAAAAAAACCGCCCAGGCAAAUCUCAUCUGCAAUCUAUCUCGCGCCAAUGUGAAUGGUAUGCCGCACUAUGAGGUCGACGAGGUGCCCGGAAGUCGUUGCACCGCUGGAAGGGAUCGCAUAUACCAAUUUUUGUGCAGUGCGGAAGAAGUGGUCGAUCAUAAUUUUGUGCCGCCACAGCCACCACCUGCAACAGCCGCACCAUGUCAGAAAGUAAAUUAUAUGGAGGAUGAGAAAACCGAUCCGCUGGAAAUGUUGGCCGCAGAAAAAAAAUUGAAGGAGCUAAGAGAAAAGGAAUAUGUAGAAGAAAAGCCAAAGGAGCCGAAAAAUGAAGAAGACCAAAAAGAGGAAGGUGGAGCUAUGGAGGAAGUUAAAGAAAGUGAGAAAAAGGAAGAAGCGGGUGAAAAUUAGGUUAGCAUAUGUGGAAGAAAUAGAAGAAAUUGGCAAAUGGGAAGAAAGUUAAGCGAAAGAAGGAAUACUGUGUGCAUAUGAAAGAAAAUAUAUAAAGAAUUGAAAAAGAAAAAAGUUUAAUAUAAUCAAAAGGAAUAUGAAUAGUAGAUGAGCAUAUGGAAGAAAAUGAAAGAGCUUGAGAAAUAGCAAGAAGUUAAGCGUAAGAAAAAUUAAAGCUACAGGUGAAAAUAAAAGUUUAACGAUAAAAGAAUAAAGGUGAGCAUAUGGAAGAAAAUAAAUAAACCAGAGAAAUUGACAGAAGUUAGGAAAGCAUCAUAAAAAGGGUAGAGUUACGUGUGAAAGAUAUUAGAGAAGUUGAGAAAAGAAGCGAUGCAUUAAAACAACAAGUAAAGAGAGAAAUAGAGCAUAAUAAAAAGCAUAAAAUAGUAACAAAUAAAUCUGAUAUGUUAGUAGGGUACAAA